GCUUAUUUCACAACAAAUGCUAAUAAGCUUUUUCUAAAGAAAAGGAAGUAUUAAUAGGCGAAUUUCGAUAUAGUUGGCAAUUGUUGACAUACUAUAUUAAACGACCAAGUAACAAGCUUGGUCAGUCUGAGAGAUAUUUAAGAACGCAGCAGCUCAACAAAUCCAGUUUUAUCGAAUAAAAAAGUGACAAAAAAAGACAAUGUCGUCCCCGUGGUCCAAGGUCAGCAAUGAGCCUGUGCAGACGGCCAGUUUGGCUGAUAUUAUGUCUGAACAAUAUGCACAUCAACUGCACGACAAGGAGCUCAAACAACAACAAAAAGAAAAGAAACAAACGCAGUGGGAGAGUGAGGUCCCUUCUCCUGCUUCUCCCAGUUACUCGGAUAUAGCUGGCACAUCGCAAAAUACACAGAUUCAAGCCAGCAACGAUGCUGACGAGUGGGAGGAUUAUUCGAUGUUGCUGAGCGGAAAGGAGAGAUCCGAUAAGAUAUCACCAGAAGUGCUAAAACUGCUUGAGGAUGAGGCUGAAUCGGAUGCAGUUAUUGCCCAGAUGCUUCAAUCACAGUUCGAUCACGAAUACAACGAAGAGCUGCGACGCAUUGAGCGACAACAGAAUAAACAAUCCAAGAUUACAGUAACUCUCAAUAAAUUCCUGCGCGACGGCGAUGCGGAAUUCCUGCAUGACACUGAAGCCGAUGAUGACUACGAGGAGGAUGAACUGGAGCGUCACAAAAGGGACUGGGAUCGAUUUGAGACAAACGAAAAGAUUCUGGAUGCCAUACCCAAGUGUGGCUUCAAAGUGGACAAAGAAGGCGAGAUGAUAACCAAGCAUGAUCCUCAAUUAUGCGGCGUACGCAAUGCACAGCGUGUCAUGUCUUUCCCUCCUGAGUUUCCCACCGGCGAUGCCGCCUGCUUUGACAUGAAGCUGUCCAACAAGGUCUUCAAUCAACUGAAAGCGUACUCGAGACGUGGACGCGCCGAUCGAAAGGAGAAAGUGGCCACAGCUGAAAUGGGCGUGGAUGCAGCGACGCGUCUACUGCUCUACAAACUGAUAAAUAAUCAAAUUCUGGAGCAGAUUAAUGGCAUCAUAUCGACGGGUAAAGAGGCGGUCAUACUGCAUGCCAACUCGGAUUCCAGCUAUACGGGUACAAAUGAGCACGGACAUGGCAAUGGAGUGUUAAUGCCGGCGCAUUUACUGCCCAAGGAAUGCGCCAUAAAGAUAUUUAAGACAACGCUAAAUGAGUUUAAGCAACGUGAUCGCUAUAUCAAGGACGACUAUCGAUUCAAGGAUCGCUUUAGCAAACAGAAUCAUCGGGUUAUUAUCAAUAUGUGGGCAGAAAAGGAAAUGCACAAUCUGAUGCGCAUGCAAAGCAUUGGCCUCAAUGUUCCCGAUGUUGUUGUACUGAAAAGGCAUGUCCUUGUCAUGCGCUUCAUUGGCGACAAUCACAAUGCGGCGCCCAAGCUGAAGGAUGCCCGUCUGAGUGUUGCUGAAUUGAGCUGUGCCUACGAGGAGAUUGUGGCCGCCAUGCACAAGCUAUAUAACGAGGCGAACUUGGUUCACGCCGAUCUCAGUGAAUACAACAUACUCUGGUUCGAGGGCAAGUGUUGGUUUAUAGAUGUUGCACAAAGUGUGGAGCCGGAGCAUCCCAGCGCCUUGGAGUUCCUCAUGCGCGAUUGCGGCAACAUUGUCAACUUUUUCGAAAAGCGUGGACUCUCCAAUAUCUAUACCAAGGAAGAGCUCUUUGAGUUUAUUACCGCCCUCAAUGCGGAAACACACAAUGCAGCGAUGCUGGAGCGAAUUCAUACAAAGGGCGCCUCCAUCAAUCAGGCAACGGUGCCCAAUCAACAGGAGUGUCCAGAUGAACUAAAGCCACUGGAGUAUCCCUUUGAGUUGGCCUGGGAGAAGUCACAACAGGAUCGCGAGGCGGCAGCAGCGAUGCAGCAAUUAAAAGUAAAGGACAAUGAAGAUGAGAACAACACAAGCAACCACAACAACAACAGCGCCAAGUGUGUCCAGGGACAAUCUUAAGAUGUUAGUUAUUUUUACCAAUAUUUGGCAAAAUGGCAAUGCUAGUCUGCCAGUCAGUCUGUCUGUCUCGAUAACUGUAUUUUGAAUUUGUAAAAUUCGAUAUUAAAGAAUUUAGAGACUUAAUAGCUUUGAUCUUGAAUAUCAAUA